AUGUGGGGCGCGCAGGCGGGCUGGUGGUGCGGGGCGCUGGUGGCCGCGCUGCUGGUGCUGCUAGCGCUCUGCCGCCGCGCCAAGCGAGCCCCCGACCGCGUGUCGCACCCACCGGUCACUCAGGUGCACAUAGUGUGUAGUGGUCCUGCGCGUGUGACUCGUGCAGGGACCCCGCCGGAGCCCCAGCGCGCUUCCACGACUCUAGCCGCUGCGCCUGCGCCCGACCCCCCUGCCAAUCCCCCUGCUAACCCCUCAACUAAACCCCAACUACCUCCAACUGAUUCACCGCAACCGCCCCACAUCCUCAUCGUUCAAAACUACACGCAAAACACUAUUCCUCAGCAAACUGAUUCAACUCAACCUUCGUGCUCUCAAGCUUCUCGACAGCCUGCUUUGGAAUAUCGUGGUAUACCAAAACUACCUCUGCCGGAGCAGUGGCUUCAUAAACGGCCAUUAGAUUACAAAUACUCAGCGAUCGCCAGACCAUUGGCUCAGAUUGUCAACUCAGAUGUCAUAGUCGACCAGCAAAGGGAGUCAAGGGCGAAGAAAUAUAGUGCAACUAGGUCUCCGUCGUUGGAAAAAGACGAGAAAUCUCCAUUUGUCAGUAGCGCGAAGUCAGAAGACACAGACGUUUUCGGUUUUGAUAGUGAAUCAGUGCGAAAAUUGAGCGAGGACAGUGGGAAAUCUAAGGAAAUGGGAGAACGUCCGCCUUCGUCUCCGCAUGAGAGCGAGAAAGACAUGUCUCCUAGUAAUCUAAGAAGAUUCCGGUCAGUGAGCACGCGGCUUAAUAUGUGUAGUGUUAAUGAGAGCCCCCCGCCAGAGGGCCAGCAAGAGAGGCUAGAAAUGCAAAACUCUCCUUUGAUAGUGGAAUGUAGUUCAGCUAAGGCCUCGGGGACUAAAUUUGAUUUUUCCCCAAAAAUUCUAGCCGAUACGAUGUCUUCUCCCCGAUUUUUUACACCGCCUGAAAUGGUAUCACCAUUAUUCUUCACAGAACCAUCACCGAAAUCUGUUUAUUAUGAUAGCGUUAGGUCGCCAAAAUUCUUUCCUGAAACGCCAAGGGAUGCAGAAGUUCCUCAGUCCCCACGGACGUUGGUGGACCACAGGAUCCGUACAAACGGUGUGCCAGAAAAACCAAGCUCACCUAGAGUUUUAAGUGCUCGACCUAGUCCUAAGGUGCAUAGUCAUAAUAAAGAGAAUUACUUCACCUUCGACCAUGCUAGCGUUGCAGAAGAGAACGCAGCAAGAGUAUCGCCAAGACCGAGAAGGUAUGGAGGCAGAAAUUCCAUAGAAAAAGAAAGAUUCACACCACCUGCGGAAAGAGAAAUUAAAAAGUAUAAAAGACACAAUAGUUGUGACACAAACUACAGAAGCGUAGAAGUAAAUAUUUCUAAAUGCGACGAUGUCAUCGUUGAUCUUCUAACUGAUGCCGGAAAUAAAAUAGAAGCAGAAAGAGAUGUUGUAGAUUGUUGUGCCAAAAUAGAGUCGUUGCAAGUCGAUGCGAAAAAGAAUGAAAAAAACGAACUUACCCCGAUUCCGAAUUCCGCCCAAGUAAGACGACAGAGAUUAAAAUCGAUAUCUCUGGAUUCCGACAAUGCGAAAAUAAUCGAACAGAACUUAGGGUUGCCGAUAGCGAAGCAAAUGAAAGAUCAAAUGAACGAAGCAUAUAAAAAUCAAGAAGGUAGUGCGUCUUGUGAAAGUAUAGAACGUUACCAAAAGUCACCUUCCAAAGAAAGACCAGCUUUUAAGUUCGAUGUUGAGCAAAAAGAAAAACCCGAAGUGGAUCCAAAGUCACCCGAUCUCAAACAAAAGAAGUGUCUUCGUCAAAGUUGUGAUACACAGUCAUUCUUAGACAUGCCCAGGUUUUCACCAAAGGAAUUCGAAAUAACGGUAACAUCGGAAGAAGGUGCAACAACAUCCGCUGAAACUCAAACUAAACGAAAAGGCAAAAAUUUACGAAACUUAACGAUAGAUUUAUCAAAACGUGACAGUGAUCUUGAAAAAGAGUUGUUAGAAUUCGAAAAGUUAUAUACAAAUGCUGAAGAGAAAAAAGUAAAAACGCCUACGUUAAAAGUUAAAGCGACUUCAUUAGAUUCGUCUGAAACGGUCAAUCUUUCGCUACCUCAAAAGAAAACGUUGGAAGUACCUCAAAACUCCAUUUCUGUCCCCAAUACUCCUAAACGUCAGUUAAAACGUAUUCUUGCUCAAAAAGGUGCUAAGCAUGAUUUAUCUGGAGGCAAAGCGGGAUACAAUUCCAUACAAUCAAGUGCAGAACAACGUAGAUUAUUUAUGAAAGGGCAAGACAGUGGUAUAUUUUUAAGAGAAAACCACGCUAGUCUAAUGCUAUACCAGCCCGGUACAUCUAGAAUGGGUUCACGCGCAAUGGGCUCCUUUGACGAAAAUAUGACAGACAACGCACCGGAAAUAAGCGUAUCCGGUGUAGACAGUAGGCCAGGAUUUCAUUUAGAUACCAGUCAAAGCCUCGGCUCAAAUUUACUAAAUUACAAACAAAAUUUAAGCGUUUCAAGUACAAAUCUAAAAACUCUGCCAGAGGGCGUACCUUCAGACGAUUUUGAACCAAGUGCAGAAGACGAGAAAGUAGUCAAGAAGUUACACAGACGAAAUUCAAACCAAAGUUUAAUGUUAAGCACGCACAGUCUACAAGGCUCGAAUUGUUCUUUAAGCAGUGCUGGCGCUUCUUGUCAUAAUCUAUCCACAGUUAGGACAAGUAUAUCGAAUUUUAGUCUAAAUAACGAUAGCAGGCCGAAGAAAUUUUCAUUAGAAAGGCGGGAUUCGAGUGCAUCUAUAAACCCUAGUGAUCACUUAACGCCUACCACAAGAGUAAUAUGUACAUCGAAUACAAAUUUGCCUGGUGAAGUGUCUAAGAAUUGUUUGCUCCAGCGUCGGGGUUCAAACAAUAGCCUCACACUAAACAUACUACCAUCAAACAAUCUUAGUCGACAUUCUAGUAACAGCUCACUAAAUAAAGAAGCUAAAGUUGGCCAGAAAAAAGGAUUGUUAGAGAGAAGAAGUUCGAACACAUCACUCACUUUAAAUAUUAACUCGUCAAAUCCCCAAUUAUCGACGAAUCGAGGACUAAGCAUAUCAAACUAUAAUUUAAACGGCUCAACAUGCAAUUUAAGCAGAUAUAACAGUAAUCAGAGUAUUGACAAUGCUGAACCUAAAAAAGGCAUCUUGGAAAGGAGAAGCUCUAACACUUCUCUAACCCUUAAUAUCCAACCGCAAGAACCAAGGGACCUGGAAAUAGACGAAACCCUAAUAGAUGCGAAUCUUAAAGAUUUGCCUCAUAGAGAUAAUCAUCGAAAAUCUUUAAGUACGGAGAAUUUAAUACCAAAAUCUUACAAAGAUAGGACAAGAUUAAGAUCGUCAGACAAAGGUUUAGGAUUCGGAUCCCAUGAUAAUUUAUGGUCUACGUCAUAUGGUGAGCAGGAAUACCCCCAAAAUCUAACAUACGUGUGUGGUGAUCAAGAAAAUGAGAUUAUAUACGCCUUUGGACGCCAAGAGGAUGCUAAUUUUCAACCAGGUUUUGUUCGAAAUAUCACUACAAAACCGCUCAGUCCUCAAAGUACAUCAGAAGACUUCAGGAUGUAUUUAGCUAACAUGCAACAUCUGCAAAAUGCCUCAAGUGUGCUUACGAGGCAACAGUUGAAAGAUUUGAACGAUGUUUUCCAGAAUGGAUACUCCAAAGUGAAGUGUUUGAGUGAAAAUGACGGUCAGCAUUGCUGUUCUGGGCGCGUCAAUAAUGACUUAUCAACUGAGAAUCCGCAAAUGGCGAUACCAGAACCAGUUUUAUCGCAACCGUGUUCUGAAUACCAGAAAAUGCUAUUGAGAAAUUUACACCAGGAGUUUUGGGAUAUGCCAACGAAUUUCCAAGAAAAGCCUAUAGUGUCUGGGUCCCAUCCAAAGAAUAGGUAUAAGACGAUCCUUCCUAACGAACAUUCUAGAUUUAUUCUUCGAGCGGGCGGCGAGAAUAGUGAAGGCUACAUCAAUGCCAAUUAUAUUAAGGGGCAUGAAUACACGAAGAACAGUUACAUAGCGACGCAAGGACCUCUUCAGAAUACAAUUUACGAUUUCUGGCAAAUGGUUCGACAGAACAACGCCGAAUUUCUCGCCCAACGACCCCCUGGCGCUACUGCAGAAUACGUCCAGAAGAUUGUAAUGCUGACCAACUUUAUAGAGAACAAUAGACAGAAGUGCGAAAAAUAUUUUCCGCUGGAAGUAAAUGAAGAAGUAUCAAUAACGAGCCCCGAUUGUUCAGAAGUCUGCUUUUUCUUCGAUAUUCCACCCAAGAAUACCUUUAAAAUUAAGAAUCUUGGAAAAAUAAAAAAGGCCGGCUACACGAUAAGGAAAUUGGACAUGGUGUACGUAAAUGCCGAUGGCGUUAGUGAUGAUAGUGUUACGGUGUACCAUUAUUGGUUCCACAAUUGGGCAGAUCAUAAGUGUCCAAAAGACGUGAACGCUUUGUUAAAUUUGAGUUUGGAUAUUUUAAGAGAGGAGUUUUACGAUUUUACGGAGUGCAACGAUGAAAAAGAUGAACAGUGCAAGUGUAGUGAUAGCCCUAAACCUGGUUCUAAGUUUGUGUUUCCUCCAAUGGAGUCCCAAAGUGUUGCUUGUCCAGUUAAUGUCUGUGUAACGUCACCAUUAAACUUUUCAAUAGACAAUCAUUCACCCCCCGCCAUUAUCCACUGUUCUGCUGGUAUCGGCAGAACUGGGUGUCUGAUUGCUAUCUUAAAUGGUAUCAAGCAGUUGACGAAUGAACAAAAAGUCGAUGUUUUGGGUAUAGUUUGUAAUAUGAGGUUGAACAGAGGUGGGAUGGUACAAAAUUCUGAACAGUACGAACUAAUACACAAAGUACUGUGUCUAUUUGAGCAUGCUUGCUUGCCUGACUUAUAGCUAAAACGUUAACUAAAAAAAAGAUCGUGAAUUAAUUAUUUUUUAUGUAAUUUUUAUCCAAAAA